AUGGAGCUGUCGUUUCUAUACUCGAGAUCUGACAAAGCGCGGUCGCGUCUGAAGUCACGUGUCGGUGGAUCAUGGCCGCACGCGAGUCGGACCUCACUGAACUAUGUUGUGAUGCCUGGUGAGCACUCCAAGGCAAGCGUAAACAUCAACGAAAGCUUCGGCUAUAGAAAUGAUGAGCGAACCAAUUUUACCCUAUUCGUACAAGGCCAGAACAAGGAGGCCGGUUUCCGGUCUGGUUGGCAAAACUUUUACGCCAAUUUCGACACGCCUGUCAAAUUCUGCUCUGCGGGGCUCAACGCGGGCGCGCGGUGA